CGCCCCUCCCCAUCGCGCCCAUGGCGGCCCGCCCUCGCACCGCGCGCCCCGUGCUGCUGCUCGCCGCGGCAGCCUGCGCCGUGGCCGCGUGCCUCCGCCUCUCGGGCGCCUUCGCGGGCGCGGCGGCGGCGCGGUCCCCACAGCGCGUGAGCGUGGCGCUGGCCGCCGAGGCGAAGGCCGCCAAGAAGGCCAAGGCGGCGUGGGUUGGGCCGAAGAAGGGCGCCACGGUGAAGAUCCUGCGGCCCGAGUCCUACUGGUUCCAGGAGCGCGGGACCGUCGUGAACGUGAACCAGAAGCCCGAGGUGAAGUACCCUGUCACCGUGAAGUUCGACUCGGUCAAUUACGCCAACGUCAACACCAACGGCUACGCCCUGUGGGAGGUGGAGGAGGUCUGAGCGCUUCGGGCGGCAGCACAGAUGGCUCCUCUGAACGUGUUUUUAAACCGUGGAGCGAUGUACGGCUGACUCCCAAAAUGCAGACCUGGAACCAUGCGCCUAAUCCAGUCCUGGCCAGGCCGACUGUGUUCGGACGUGUGGCGGCUCGAUCUCUUUUGGUACGUACCCUCCCUUCUGACUUUCUCACAAGUCUCCUGGCGCCAACAUCGCAGAGCGGAG